AUGGACGAGGCGGACGAAGAUGGUAUUGGCGAUUUUCAACCCAGAGUUUUCUCUCCCCAAGACGACAACCUGAUCACCGAAGACGAAAACCUGAUCACCGAAGACGACAACCCCUCUUCAGACAUCAUUAAGUCUAGCCCGUUCACCGUACUCAUGAACAGGGCCCAAAGCCGGCACUUUGAGGAGAUAUACAGGGAAGGAGACUGGGACCCAUCAGAAGAAGCGGUGCAAAAUAAGUACAAGGCCGAUGCAAUACUUGUCGCCAUGUCCAGCGAUGCAGAGUAUUCCCUGGAUUCAGGACAGAGCAACCUCGAAUUACCCCAGGAGAAUGACAUCCAAUUGGACACAGGAGAUCGACGACCUCGACCCGCGGGAGACCGCUAUCGACCACAGAAUAAGGGUUGUUGGGGAAUGGACCAUUACCAUGUUCAAGGAAAGCGUAACAACUGA